AUGGUUGCCAUUUAUAAUACAAAUACAUUGAUCCGCGUCCCACGUCCCGGCGCGCCCGCCAACCUCUCGCAGCCCGAGCCCGAGCGCCCGCACUCGGCCCAACCGCUGAACGACUGCCCCGCCGUCUCCCCGCUGCUGCUUGGUGCGCUGAGGAUAGAGUUUUCCCAGGCUGUGGAUCUGAAGGAAGUUGAGAAAACAAACCCUGAAGUUAGAGAAGGAGGCCGCUAUGCUCCAAAAGACUGUAAAGCGCUUCAGAAAGUAGCUAUUAUUAUCCCAUUCAGAAACCGGGAGGAGCACCUGAAGUACUGGCUCUAUUUUCUCCACCCAAUCCUUCGAAGGCAACAGCUUGACUAUGGAGUGUAUGUUAUCAAUCAGGAUGGAGAUGAAGAAUUUAACCGUGCUAAACUGCUGAACAUAGGCUUCAGAGAGGCUUUGAAAACGUACGACUAUGAUUGCUUUGUAUUUAGUGAUGUGGACCUAAUUCCAAUGGAUGACAGGAACAUCUACAAAUGUUAUAGUCAACCAAGGCACCUCUCUGUAUCAAUGGACAAGUUUGGAUUUCGGUUACCUUACAAUCAGUAUUUUGGAGGCGUGUCCGCUUUAAGCAAGGAACAAUUCUUAAAAAUCAACGGGUUUCCGAACAAUUACUGGGGCUGGGGUGGUGAAGAUGAUGACAUUUAUAACAGGCUCAUUUUUAAAGGUAUGGGGAUAUCUCGCCCAGAUGCUGUAAUUGGGAAAUGCCGAAUGAUUCGCCAUUCAAGAGACCAUAAAAAUGAGCCCAACCCAGAGAGAUUUGAUCGAAUUGCUCACACAAGAGAGACAAUGAAUUCUGAUGGUAUAAACAGUCUAUCCUAUAAGGUUAUAAGAACUGACAAGUACCCUUUAUACACAAAAAUAUUAGUGGACAUUGGCUCACCAAAAAGUUAGUGUUGCAGAGGCAUAUCAAAUGAUUUCGUAUGAGAAGAUUUACCAGGAACAUUGGAUCUAUAGGACCUGUACUCUGAUCAAAAUGAACAAGAUAGCCUCAUUUGAAUAUACAGAGCUUUUUUCCCAAAAUGGCUGGGGAAAAAAUAGAUUUUUUAAAAAUCCAAACUUGACUUUAUACAACUUUCUAGCUCUACAUUAUUUUUAUAAAUUUAAGAUCUGUAAAUAUGAGUUGUGAAUAUUUACAUUGCCAGAAAAUGUUGGAUAUUAUAUAUUUGCUGCAGUGCUUCCCUUGUUAAUAGUUGUAUGCAAAUUUUACUGAUCGCCAGCUGUGGUGAAUCAGCAGUUAGUACCCAUAUUCUCCCCUGACCCCACCCCUCCAUCCUUUAAAUUAGGUUGAUUGAAAAACUGCUUUAACAACAUUGCUGUUUCGCUAUGAAGGACUGGAAAAUGCUGCUGAAGUUGUACAAGUUUACACUUUGUAUUACAUUUUUUUAAUGGAGGCAGUAUCAUAUAUUCUUGUUUAACAUCUACCAAAACAAAAUCUAGCUUAAAUUUU